UUAUGGACUCUUCCUGUCACUUCCUUGUUGGAACUUUUGUUUUGGGGAAAGCUUGGGCUUAAGUUUUGUGAGACUGCGACUACUCCGAUUUAUUCUUCGAGAAAUGUCAACGCCAUGACCGACAAUAAUUGUACAAGUUGGCUCGGGGAAGGCACAGCUAUCACCGCGGUCGUGUCGAGAAGAAGCUCGCUAACGUUGCUGUAAGGCUCCACAUCGGGAGAAGAUGUCCUCAGCUAAUGUUAGCGAAGACAUCCGAAUGGAGUUCCCGCUGCACUCUUCAGUUUGGGAAAAUAAUUACAGGAAGCUGGAGCAGCAAAUUAUACUGCCACAGAAUGACAUUGAGACUGUGGAUCCCAGAGGCCGGACACCUCUGCACCUGGCUGUGUCGCUCGGACACAUGGAGUCGGUUAGGGUUCUCCUGAGACACGGAGCUCAAGUUACUAAAGAAAAUGCCAAUCAUUGGACAGUGCUGCAGGAAGCCGUCAGCACGGGAGAUCCAGAGAUGGUUCAGUUAGUUCUUCAGCGGAGAGACUACCUCAAAGCAUCUACUGCUUUGGAAGGAGUACCUGAGCUUUUGUCAAAGAUCCGAAAGUCUCCAGACUUCUAUAUGGAAAUGAAGUGGGAAUUCACCAGCUGGAUCCCUCUUGUGUCCCGGGUUUGCCCAAGUGAUGUGUGUCGCAUUUGGAAAAGUGGAGCAAGCCUUCGCGUGGAUGCCACUCUUCUAGGCUUUGAGAACAUGACUUGGAUCAGAGGGCGAAGGAGCUACAUUUUUAGAGGAGAUGAUUCAAGUGCAGAGUUGAUGGAGGUGAACCACGAUGAGCAAGUGGUGGACACAGAGCGUUUCAUAAUAUCGCAAGAGAUGGAGGAUGUCACACUGGAGUCAAUGCAGCCAGCAGAACAGGAAGUGGCCAAAAGGUUGACCACUCCAAUCGUCAACACCUACCUGGACACCAAGGACAUUGCUUUUGAGAGGAACAAGUCUGGGAUUUGGGGCUGGAGGACUGACAAAACUGAAGUCGUCAACGGAUUUGAAACAAAGGUUUUCAGUGUGAACAAUGUGAAUGUGGUCAUCAGGACAAGGACUGAACAUCUUACAAAUGAGGAGAAAGCCAAGAUAAAAGGUGAAAGGAACAUCCUGGAGUCUCUGCUUGGGACCGUUGAACAGCACAUUAGUGCACAAGGGGACCUGACACUCGAAUACGCAACUGCCACAAAUCCCACAGCCAUCAUUCCAGAGGAAUAUUUCAAUCCCAAUUUCGAUUUGGUCAACAGAGACAUCGGCCGACCGAUUGAGCUGAGCGUCCGAACGCAGAGGUUUAAAGGUACAUUGUGGAUGAGUGAAGAUCAUCCUCUGUCCCUGGUGGAGCAGGUGACCCCUAUCAUUGACCUCAUGGCUCGGACCAGCUCGCAUUUUGCACGGCUACGGGACUUUGUCACGCUGAAAUUCCCCCCUGGAUUUCCUAUCAAAAUUGAGAUUCCUCUAUUUCAUGUGCUGAAUGCCAGGAUUACUUUUGGUAACGUUAAUAAAUGUAGCACUGAAGAGGAAGCCAACAUAACACCGGCAGCCACGCCGUCGUCGUCAGGAGACGACGAAGAGGCCACAAUACCUCCGACGUUCCGGGUGUGCCCAUCUGUGUUUGCGAUACCUGACAACUACCGCCGCCGAGGGGGCGGCCGUCACGUGCCUGCCUCCACUCGUGACGAGGAGUUUUUGCAGUACGCGAUCCAUCAAAGUCUCCUGGAUUCCCACAUCGUCCCAGACCAGGAGGGGAUUGAGGACGACGCACACAGCGAACACACCGACGUCACGGUCAACAGCCAGAGUGACAGGAGUAUCCCGGAGGGCGGGCUCGUGGAUUACGGCGACACGUCCAGCCCCACCAGCACCUUCUCUGCCUCGAGCCACGACUCGGAGCUCCACUUGGCCCUGGAGCUCUCCGCGCGAGCUCAGGAGCGAGAGGAGCAGCUUCGGAAGCGGGAGGAAGAGGAGCUGGAGCGGAUUUUGCAGCUGUCGCUCACUGACAAGUAGAAGGAUGAAGAGGGAAUCGAAAGCGGCCGCCUCACCUCAAUUUACACUUCCUGUCUUCUAUGCAACAGCAGAUUUGACCUUUAGCAGCCUUGUGUUGCGCAGGCCAAGCUCGAUAUCUUAACUUUUUAAAGGGUGUUUUGUUUAGUUUUUGGGGUAAGAGGGUACACGUUAUUCCGUGUACACAUGCUGAGUCUCACGUCUUCCAGCUUGAUCAAUAGGCUCUGAGGUAUUGUGGGCUUUUAGUACCUUUUAACGGCAACCCUGUCAUAUCUCAAUCUUAAGGCAGCUCAGAAGAAUGUUAUCAAAAAAUGACUACUUCAGGUGACUCCACAUAAGUUGGCACUCCCAUUUAACUGUUAAGUGCCAGAGCAGAGUUUUAUUUUCUUGGCAUGGCUCUAAUCCUAAAUCCUUGAUAGUUUGGGGAAUAAAAACAUUCCCACGGCGUCACUUUACUGAGGACCAUGAAGGGUUUAAUGCUACGAGGCAUUUCCGUUGAAUAGCGGAAAUCUCAGGAUCAAGUUCUACAAACGCUCUCUGUGUGGAAGUAAGUUUGAAACUACCGGUAGUUUGACGGAUAUCGCUGCCAUACUACGAAGUCACAAAGUACACGCAGGUUUCUUGUACUUUUCAGUUGGCCAGGAAGAAAAUGCUGUAAGAAGGCACAUUUCUGCAGCAACUGUAUAUAUUGUUUUGUUUGCUUUAAGUGGAAUUUGUAUGAUUUUUUUUUUUGGUUUGUUUCGCUGCCGGAGCAAAUACCGGCACGAAGCCUCGGAAAAUGAAAACAGCAGUCUGUGCAGGGGUGCAGUCCUGCGCAAGGCGUCUGUUGACAUGCCUAAAGGCAGUGGGCCUUGAUUGGGCCUUCUCUAGCCACAAACAACUGCAAACCUCUUUUGAGUUGUGCGCAGGCACGUCGGCAACUUUGUUGUUUCAGCGCGUGCCGGCAGACUCGUUCGUCUGUUACUUCAUGGAAAGUUGAGCUUGUGCCGCCCCUCCGACUUUUGGAAGUUUUGAACUCUCAGAUGGGAAGCGAGUUGCGUGCACCGUGAUGUUGAAGAACCACUGUACUUGGUUUGUUUUCCGCGUGACCGACCACUAACUUGAGCGGUGUCUGGAAAUCUCACCUUUCGCGGGAUGUGAUGAAAAAAGAUAUUUUGCCAACGUUUGAAAAAACAAUAAUAAUAAUAAUAAUAAUAAUAAAAAGACCAACUUUGAUUGAGUCAAAAUCAAUCUUUGUAACAAACCGUUUGAGCUGCAGCUGUUCCUAAAAUAAAAGCACUUUAUUCCCAUAAAUAC